GUUUCCAUAACAACCGUUGUAAAUAAAUACAUUUAAACCAUGGUUUAACAGGUUUAACCUAAAAAAUGACAAGUAUUUAAAAUUAAAAAAAAUAAACAAAAAUGUCUGUACAAUCAAGUAUAACUGGUGAACAGAUUUCAACUUUAGAUGAAGAGGUCGAGAGUACUUAUGAAGCAAAAGCUUUACCAAGUUCUCAAGAAGUUGCACCCAGCACGUACUUAAUUAAACCGCCCUUAUCUCAGAAAUUUCGUGCACAGCCCGUUCAAUUAAUUAUAAAAACAAUUUUGAGAGAUAUGUUAACUGGUGUAGAAUAUUCACAGGAAGGGGCCAAAGAAUUGACUAAAAAAAUAGCGAAUGAAAUACGGGAUAAAGUUCGAGAAUUAAAUUUUCGGAGAUAUAAAAUUAUUGUACAAGUGCAUAUAGGCGAACAAAAAGGAGCUGGUGUUAAAAGUGGAAUUCGAUGUCUUUGGGAUUCAGAAUGUGAUAAUUACACGUCAGACGUUUUUAUGAAUGAUACAUUAUUUUGUAUGGCAGUGGUGUAUGCAGUAUAUUUUUACUAAUUUAUGGUAUGUCAAUUUGGUUUUCUAAUUUAUGGUAUGACAAUGGAACUAAGUUUAAAAUUUAGUGUAAAUAAUUUGUUCCAAUCCGUGUAUAAUUUUUGUUUUGUUGAAUUAUAAA